CCAAGUUACUUUUCUACUUGCAGGAUGGCCUAUACAAGUAUUGAAAAGCUCAAAAUCUUGGCGUACAUUCAUAAGGAGAAGUUGCACGACAAGGUGAAUGGGAACAUUAUAUGGAAGAAGAUGGAAGAAGAGGAGGUGUGUCCAGGUAGGACCUGGCAGUCAAUGAAAGAACACUUCCGCAAGUCCUUGUCACACCAGCUGGACAAAUUCCCGAAACACCUCUCUGAUGUGUUCAGCCAUCCACCUAAGCAACAUGGCUUCUACAAGAAACCAGCACCACCACUUCCAGAGCAACAGUCUUCCUCUUCAAGUGAUAGGAACAUAGAUAUGGAUAAUGCACCGAUGGAUGAGAGGGAUGAUCGGGUAAAGUGCACAAAAGCAAGUGAUGGCUGUGGAAGAUCUUUUGCCCAAAGGAUCACAAGGGAUGAGAGGACAAGUGGAAGCACAGAAGAGGGAACACACAAAUCAUCUUCUCAUGUUAGUAAACAAAAGAAAAUGAAGGAAAGUAUAAAGGGUGGUAAUUAUUUUGUUCCUCUCUCUGCUCAAACAGAUGAAAGAAGAGAGAAUGAGAAUCAAAACACCCAAGUAACAAUACCAGCUCCAGAGCAGGUCAGGGCUGAAGGGGGGAGGGAAAGUAACAUGGAAGGAGCAGACCAGACAACUCAGACCAACAACCAAGAGACAACACCAGCUCCACAACAGGUCAGGACUGAAGGGGGUAGGGAAAGAGGAAUCAGAGAAGGAGCAGACCAGACAUCUCAGGUCUGUACACAAAAGGAAAAUCACAGUGAUAGUGUAAAGGAAUGUAGACAUUUUAUUCUACCUUCUGUUCUGACAGAGGAAAAAGAAGAGAGUGAAAAUUCAUCCAGUCCAGUCAAUGUACCUGUCCCAGAAAGGGAUAGGACAGAAGAGGAAGGGAGAGGAAAGCAGGAAAGUAGAGAUGAUAAUGACAAUACACCAUCUUACAUGCUUCAUAGUGAUACAGAAGACAUGGACAUUGAACUACUUUUGAAUGAAUGUAAAAAAACAGAACAUUCAAAAUCCCAUCUGAAUACUGGCUCAGAAGAGGUAAAUGUGUGUGAAACGAAGGAAGGGGAAUUGGAUCGGGUUAGCCCCAGUAUUCUUACUUCAAGUGAUGCCUUUUUUAUGGAUAUGCAUUCUGUUCUGCAGGAAAGCCAGGGGUUCAGUGUUUACCAUCUGGAUCCUUUGUCAGGGGAAAAAGAGAAGGAAGACAUGAGAAGUGGGAAAAACAGUAAAGAGAAAUAUUUUAGAGAUGAACAACAAGAACCUGAUUCAUCCAUUCAAAUUCUUGAAGAACCUGAAGGAUGGUCAAAAAGUGAUAAAAGAGCACAGUCACAGCUUCUCAAAUCCUCCAAAUCCGGUACUAAUCAAAUGGAUUCCUUCUCCACUUUGUCCACCCAGAAUGAUCAAGAGACACUACUUGCUAAAGAUAAUGAAGAUGACUUGUUAUUAGAAGAAAUAUUUCAGACUUCAGAGUAUUUGACAAGCAGUAUACCUGAUUGUGCACAUAGCGCAUUAAAUGCUAAAGCCACGAUGGAAGAACUUUAUAAAGCAGUAGAGCCUUUACCAGGACCUAGUGAUACCAUUUCAUCCUCACAGGACUUUAUUUGUAGCACCAACAUAUUCCAACAUGACAAGAGUGCAGCACCUCUCUCUAGACCCACUCUGCCACAAGAAGGCAAUGAAGUGAACAAGGAAAGUAAAGAAAGAAAAGAAGAUACAGAGGAGUCACAAGGGAAAGAAACAGGUGGCAUGAUGGAGGAUUGUGUGAGAAGUGCAACAAAUGAUAAAGCCACCCAGGAAGAACUUCAGAAGGCAAGCCAUCCUUUAUCAAUAUCGAUGAAGAAGAAGCAAGGGCAAAAGAAAGAACAAAAAAAUCAAGACCAUGGACCUGAUAAUGAAGAUAGAGAAAAACAAGAUGAAGAAAUAAGAAAAAUUCAAGAAGUAAAAGAACUAGAAGUGGAGGCAGCAGAAGAAGAAGAGGAAGCAGUUAUAGUAGGGAAAAAUGGGGAAGAAUUAGAUGAUGUUGGUAAGGUGGAUGAGAAGGAUGAAAAUGAGGAAGAAGAAAAAGUGAACAAAGAAAGUGAAGAUAAAGAUGAUGAGAAAGAAACAGAAGAGAUACCAGUCAAUGAAGUAUCUAAUUCUUCCAAACAUUCAACAAGUAGCUUGAUACAGGAUUGUGAAAUUAGUGCAAUAAAUGAUAAAGCCAUUCAUGGGGAAUUUCAGAUGGCAGUACAUCCUUCAUCUAUUUUAUCAAGGGAAAGGCAAGGACAGGAGGAAGAACCAGAAUAUCAAGACCAAGCACUUGAAAAUGAAGAUGGAGAACAAGGUGAAGAACAAGAAAUGGAAGAAGGGGAGUCAGCUGAAGAUGAAGAGGGUGAAGUUGUAGUAGAAGACAGAAGGGUUGUCAAAGAAUUUAAUGAUGAUGAGGAAGAGGAGCAAGAAGUGGAGAAAGUUAGCAGAGGAAUUGAAGAAAGAAAACACGAGGAAGAAGAGGACGAGUUUUCAGAUAACGAUAUAUCUGAUUUCUCAAAGCGUUCAACAAGUAGCAUGAUACAGGACGCUGGAAGAAGUGCAGUGAGUGAUGAAGCCAACCUUGAGGAAUAUCAGGAGUCAGUACAUCCAUUAUCACCAUUAGCAAAGAAGAAGCAAGAACAGGAAAAAAAACAAGAAAAUCAAGAACAAAAACUUGAUAAUGAAGAUGGAAGAGAACAAGUUGAAGAAAUGGAAGAAGUAUUAGAAGUGGAGGCAGCUGAAGAAGAGGAGGAAAUUGUGGAAGAAAGAACAGAUGAAGGAGGAUUAAAUGAUUAUGAUAAUGAAGAGGAGGAGGAGGAGGAGGAGGAUGAAGUAGAAGUUGGCAGAGGAAAUGAAGAAAGAAAAGAUGAGGAAGAAGAGAACAAGAUUGCAGACAGUGAAAUAUCUGAUUGUUCAAGGCAUUCAGCAAGUAGCAUGAUACAGGAGCAUGUAAAAAGUGCAGUAAAGGGUAAAACCAUCCAGAGAGAUCUUCAACAGGCAGCACCUCCUUCAUCAGCAUCAGUAAGGAGGCGGCAAGAACAGGAGAAAGAACAAGGAAACCAAGAAUUUGAAUACGAAGAUGGAGAAGAACAAGGUGAAGAAAUACUACUAGAUAAAGAAAUGGAAGAAACAUUAGAAGUGGAGGGAGCUAUAGAAGAGGAUGCAAUUGUAACUGAAGAUGAAGAAGAAUCUAAUAACGACGCUGAGGUGGAAGAAGAAAGGCAUGAUGAAGAAGAAUUUGAAAUAAGAAAGAGGAACCAAGAAAAAUCAAAACAGCGACCUCUAUACUUUUCUUCAAGACUGCCUAUGAAAAGAAGGAGGAUGGAGCUCUGCCACACCUCCUCUCACAUUACCAACGAUGGCCCAAGUACUUCACAAGCUGAACCAAGGCAGCACACACAGGAGGAACCUGCACUGUCAUACCUCAGAGCCCCACCAGGAAGCAGGUCUUACAGUUCCAGGAGUCUCACUUGCUCCUGGAAGUCAACUGAUCAUUCCACCCCUCAACGACAAAAAGCUGGAUCAUACACAGUGAUGGAGGACCUUGCAAUCAUCAACUACAUUGUGAAGGAAAAUGCCUAUGAUAGAGUCGGAGGAAGGGCGCUAUGGCAAGAGAUGGCUACUAACUUUCCUACUGAUCGCAGGGAGGGUGUGAGUCGAGGAGAGGAGUGUGGUGGAGCCAGUCCCUACCCAGACAACAACGGGGAAGGGCAGGCAACCUGUUCGUUUGUACUCCAGCCAAAUUAAGGUCUUUAGAAAUGACGUACAAACGCAAGUUGAGUAGUAAGAGAGCCAUCAACAUGAAGAAGGCUUAUUGAACAAGAUGGAGCGGCCAAGACCAGGAAGGGAGCAGUUUCGGAGCUUAUGAAGCGAGUCGUGAUCCUGCCACGCUCACCCGCUGCUCAUCACCACCACCACCUGCUCCACCAACAGCUGAUUCGCCACUCCCUACACCGAGUACCUCAUCACGCCCUUCUCCACCACCACCUGCUUCAUCACCACCUACUCCACCACCACCUACAUCACCACCAGCUGCAGAAUCAUUGCCACAUGAAACAUCACUGCAGCUCCAACAACAAAUUCUGCACAGAGGUGUUCAGUUGAACCCUCCUCCUUCUGAUACAAGCGAAACUUUCAUCACCGUGUUGCUUUCCCAGCUACAGACACUCAUCGCAAGACAGAAGUGCCCAGUACGGUCGUGCAGGAAUACCUUGACCGUAACCUCUUCUACAAUGAGGAAGGUGGCGCAUUCUGACACCCUCACCUGCGAGUGAGUGAUACUUUUUUAUAAAGGGGGACCAGAUGUCUUAGCAUUCUCCAGUAAGUCAACAAGGUAUACACAAUCAUAUGUGAAAAUUUCAUGCCAAUCAGAUAAAAACAAAUGUCAAAACAUGGAUAGAAUGGAAAAAAAUCUUUAGGAGCCAAUAUCUCUGAAAGUAGAUUUUUACACUUCAAAAAAUUUCACAAAAUCAGGAAAAGUCUGUCCGACUUUUGUUUGGUACCAACUAAAACUACAACUAAAGGGCAAUUUUUUGUAUUUAUGAAAUUUCAAAAAUGUAAAAAGAAAAUGGGACACAGAGUAGAGAAAAUUGUAAGUGAAAAAAAAUUGCAAAUAUUUUUGCUCGAAGACAAAACAACAUAUCACAAUUUUAUAAAUACAAAAUGUAGAUAUGUAAACAAAGUUUCUAUGUGUUUUUUUUCACAGCAAUUAACUGAAAAAUAAAGUCUGUGAAACAAAAACAAAACAAAACAAAAAAAAAUGCACUUUAUAUGAAUCUCCCCUAUACUUCACCCGAAUUUCAUGAAAUUCACAGAAUGUCAUAUAUAUACAAAAACAAAUAACAUACUAAGAUUUCAAAGCUAUUGAACGUACCAUAUGGGCAGGAGGACCCCUCUUAGUUGCCCCCCUUAAGGACACUAGGUCAGAAUGGAGACCGGUGGAAAGUGGAGUGCCUCAGGGGUCGGUUUUAGCACCAGUACUCUUCCUAGUCUAUAUUAAUGAUAUGCCAGAGGGAAUGAACAGCUACAUGAGCCUAUUCGCAGAUGAUGCUAAACUGCAAAGACAUAUAAGAAACAGUGAAGACUGCAAGGAGCUGCAAGAAGACCUAAACAAGAUUUGGAAAUGGAGUCAGAAAUGGGAGAUGAAAUUCAACGUGAAGAAAUAGGUGAUACAUAUAACAUGGUGAGAAAUAUAGGUAUAGCAUUCCACUACAUGGACAAAGAAAUGAUGAAAAAAUUAAUUACUACUAUGAUCAGACCUAAACUAGAAUACGUGGAAACAGUGUGGUCUCCACAUAUGAAGAAACACAUUGUAAAACUAGAAAGAACACAGACGAUGGCAACAAAAAUGGUUCCAGAACUGGAGGGAUUGACAUAUGAAGAGAGACUAAAGGAAAUGGACUUCCCAACACUAGAACAAAGAAGAGAAAGAGGAGACCUAAUACAUAUAUAUAGGCUAUUGAGUAAAAUGGAAGAAGCAGAUAACGAGAAAUUGCUACUAAGAGAGGAACCUUCCAGCAGGAAUACUAGAGGACAUAGUAAAAAGUUGAGGAAGGGAAGAUGCUCAAGAGACAUAAAGAAAUAUAGCUUCCCACAAAGAAAUAUAGAGGUUUGGAACAAACUAAGUGAAGAAAUAGUAUCGGCGAAGAGUGUGCAGAGCUUCAAGGAAAAGUUGGAUAAUUAUAGAUACGGAGACGGGACCACACGAGCGUAAGCCCAAGCCCUGUAAAAUUACAACUAGGUAAAUACAGAUUGGAAGAGAGCAAACAUAGUACCAAUUUAUAAAGGAGGAAAGAGAGAGGACCCAUUAAAUUACAGACCGGUAUCACUCACUAGUGUGGUUGCGAAGAUAUGUGAGAGGCUGAUUAAAAACAGGUGGUCGGAUUUUUUAGAAAGGGAGAGAAUUAUCUCGGAUUGCCAGUUUGGGUUCAGGAGAGGGAGAUUGUGUGUCACCAACUUGUUAUGUUAUUACUCAAGGGUGACAGAUUUAAUACAAGAGAGAAGGCUGGGAGGAUGGAGUGUACCUGGAUUUGAAAAAGGCAUUCGACAAAGUAUUGCACAGAAGACUAAUUUGGAAAAUUAAAAAUAGGGGUGGAGUGGGUGAUGGACUUAUUAAGUGGCUCGAGGACUUCUUAGCUAACAGGGAAAUGAGGACAAUAAUCAGGGACAAGGUUUCCAACUUGUGCCCAGUGAGGAGUGGGGUCCCACAAGGUUAAGUGCUGGCACUAAUAAUGUUUGCUGUUUAUAUAAAUGAUAUGGUGGACGGAGUGACCAGCUAUGUGAGUUUGUUUGCAGAUGAUGCAAAGCUAUUGAGACGAGUCAGUGAUGUGAAAGACUGUGAGGCUCUGCAGAGGGACCUGGACAAAAUAUGGAAGUGGAGUGGUACAUGGCAGAUGGAAUUCAACCUUGGGAAAUGUAAAAAAAUAGAGUUUGGUAGGAGUGGCAGAAGAUGUGAAUAUGAUUAUAAGAUGGAAAGUGAGAUAAUAUGCAGAGGAGUGGAAGAAAAAGAUUUGGGAGUGACUAUCUCAGAGAACAUGUCACCGGACAAACACAUCAACAGGAUAAUGGGACAAACUAUGAAUUUGCUGAGGAACAUAAGGACGGCAUUUGUGUAUUUGGACGAAAAGAUGAUGAAGAAAAUAAUAGUUACAAUGAUAAGGCCAAGGUUGGAGUAUGCAGCAGUGGUCUGGUCUCCUCACAAAAAGAACAUAAGAAAGCUGGAAAGAGUACAGAGAGCGGCAACUAAGAUGGUACCGGAACUUAGGGAUCGGACUUACGAGGGGAGACUCAAUAGCAUGGGGCUCAACCCUGGAGAGAAGAAGAGAGAGAGGAAACCUGAUAGUGGUGUACAGGGUGGCGAGCGGGGUGGAGAAUCUGGACAGAGAGGACCUGUGUGUGUGGAGCGAGAGAGAAACAAGAGGACAUGGAAAGAAGUUGAGGGUGACCACGUGUAGGCAAGAUGUGAAAAAGUUUAGCUUCCCAAACAGAAGCAUUGAGGUAUGGAAUGGACUAGAGGAGGAGGUGGUUUGUGCAAGAAACAUUCAUGAUUUUAAGGAAAAGCUGGAUAAGAGAGGAUAUGGAGACGGGACAGCGCGAGCGUAGCUCUUACCCGUAUGUCACAACUAGGUAAAUACACACACAUAGAAGGUGAAAUGGAAAGGGUGUGGGAGGGAGGGGCAGAAGUGAGAAUCAGGUCAUGUCCUGACUGAAGCCCUGACCUGACUCUCCCUCAGGACCUGACAUGACUCUCCCCACUGUCCCUCCCUCCCCACACCCUUCUUGUUUUCAUCUUCUUUAUCUCUCCCUGUUUCCUCCACUACUUUUCCUUGUUCUCCCUUCUUAUAUCCUCUAUCUAUUUUUUUCAUACUCACUUCGUCGCUUUCCCCUUCCGUAUUUACCUAAUUGUGAUAUAAAAGAAGUGAAGUACUCUCAUAUUGUCCUUUCUCUGAGUAUUCUUCCGCCCCGCCAAACUAAUUUCUGCGCGAAGUUCGUAGUUA